AAAGCAUGGCGGACGAAAUUUUCAAACUACUUUGCAGCUCUGCAAAAAUCGAACGUGAUCGCGGUUUAGUACAACUUCAACGCGUCCUAAAGGAUGUAGAAGUUCAAGGUUUGACAGAGCUUGAAGAUAGAAUCUUUGCUUUACUCCAAGAUGACUCGGCGCCGUGGGAAACAACGAUUGGAGCGCUGGGCUCUGCAAAACUGGUUUUGGUUCACGAGCACUCAACUGAAGAUUUUGCUGUCAAGAUUCUGCCCUUUGCAGUGAGGCUCCUUGAGGAUAAUGAGUACAGAAUUCGCAUGGCAGCUGGUGAAACCCUUGGUGCCCUGUGUAAAAGAAAUGGUGACGAAAUAUAUGCCAAUACCAAGAAAGCCAUUUUGAAUGGUAUUCGUGUGAACCUCGAGCGCCGUCCCCAAACUGAGGCUAGUCUCGAGGAGCAGCAGGACACAGAAAGACUUGUCAAGAAGUUGGUUCGAUCCAACUCAGAGGAAAAGAGAGCUGCAUUGGCUGAGGAUAUCUUCCAUGACACCGCGGGGUGGAAAUCUCUAGAGACUUGGAUGAAGUGCCUGCAGUUUGUAGUCGAGGGAUGUGGCCAAGGGUUCAAUCGUCAUAUCGACCAAGAGCUCCUAGAUCUCAUAUUCUCGGCCCUGGCGCACACCAACAGGUUUGUGCGUGAGACGGGAUUCCAGGUCUGUGGCGCAAUCGUGGGCUGUGCUGCUGAAAAUGAGGAUGCGUCCAUUUUAAAGGAAGACAAUGCAGUGUAUCGUCAUGGGGAGAAGUUCUCUGAAGAACUCGCGAAAGGUUUAUCGGAUAACUGGAGUCAGGUUCGAUUAGCUGCCUCGGUCGCGACCAGGAAGUUCCUGCAGAGUUUACCCGAUGAUGGAUCAAGAGCCAAGUUCUAUGCAGAUUUAUUGCCAAGAAUGUGUCUCAAUAGGUACUAUGUUGCAGAAGGAGUGAGAAUUUACUCCCAAGAAACUUGGAGACAGAUCACUGGUGGGGAGGGCAGGCAUUUGGUGGAACAGCACAUCCAAUCAGUGGUUGAGUACUACAUAUCGCAAACAGAGGCAGAUAACCACGCUGUGAGGGAAGCAGCCUGUGCUUGUAUAGCAGAGCUCGGGUCAAAGAUUGAUUGUGAUGUUGUUCGCCCCUAUGUACCCUCAUUGUUAGAUGCCCUCAUUGUCUGCUUCAAAGAUGACAGCUGGCCAGUCAGAGAUGCAUCCUGUGUGGCAUGUGGAAACUUCAUCCUGUGUUUUCCAGAGGAGGCAAGGGGUAUGAUGGACACAAUGUACCCACUUUUCUUCGAGAAUCUUCAAGACAACAUUCCAUCAGUGCGGCAAGGCGGUGCAGUGGCAUUAGCUAAUGUAUGCAAAGCUUACGGGUCAGAAGCUACCUCUAAGGUUUACGAAAAGGUGAUCGAAGGCUUCAGCGGUGUUGAAAAACAAGCCAAGGAUUCUGAUAAGUACGGUGGUCUAGACAAGAACCCGGCUGUGUUUGGCGUGGUCAAGAAGGCCAGGGAUAAUGACGUGGACUUGCAUUCAAAUCAAACGAUGUACUCCUGUGGUUCGUUAGCUCCAAAGAUGAAUCGAGGUAAAAGAGAAGGUGGAUGUAUGGAUCAUAUGUUCAGGAGGCCGUCAGAGCCGUGGGAACUUGCUGAUGGCUGUGUCUACCUCCUGGCUGAGCUCUCCUCCCUCCCAUCAGAAGUGCAGAAUGUGUCCAAACAUUUACCCCUCCUAGCCAAAGCCACAGCGCACCAGCACUAUACAAACCAUGUGCAUUUUCUAGAGUCACUUUGUAAACAGCUCCCUGUGAUUGCCAAAAGUCUUGGCAAGCGACCCUUUAAGAUGUAUGUGGAGCUGUUUUUUGAUGCCAUAUUUUAUAGUUUGUCUUGUGAUAACGCACUGACUUCAAGUGCUAGUAGUCAAUGUUUGAAUCAACUGAGUUCGUUUCUGGGGGCAAAUAUCAUGAGAGGACGCGUAGAACAGUACAAUCCAAGGUACCUGGACCAGUUAGAGGCUAACCAAGCCAUUGCUCCUUUAUGAGAAUCCCAGGCUGUCUGAUGACUAUCAAUGACUCUGGUCUGUGCACAACGAAAUGUAUAUACAUGUUUCUGCUGCUGUGUAAACCCAGGUUAUUCUUACGUGACUCUCUCAUGUGAGUCGUUAUUAGCAACAAGAAUCAGGAAUGGAGGGUUGGGUAAGGUAUUCAGGGAAGGGUUAGAGGUAUGGGAAAGAUUAUUUGUCAAAACUGAAAUGAGGACGCACGUAAAAAUAGCCAGUUUGGUAAAGGAAAUCCAUAAAGGACUCAUGUACAUUGUAAAAAUAGCGACAGCCUUGAGAACAGAAUGAAUUGAAUGGAAUAUUUAGAUCUGUGAUUUAUGAGAACAAAUUAACAUGUGUCAUGAAUUCCAAUAAACAUCUGUUUAUCAUUAAAUUUGUGCUAUGUUAAAGGGGGAAUAUAGGCCAGGUCUCUAUGAUAUGCACCGAAGAAGGUAGCCUGUAUGGAGGUCCUCCCCGGUGUACCAUAGCAUAGGUUGUACCAUAGGUGUACCAGAAGUCCAACGGGGGUUGGGUUUCAUUGAAAAACCUAUUCAACUCCUACCUUUAUCCUCCUUUUGAUGCUGAGUGGUGCUUAUUUUAACAUAUGCUUGUCUAGAUCUCAUGAUAAUAAACAGACUGUGUAUGUUUGAUUCAGAUUUGUCCUGAAAUGAGCCAGAGUUUAUGCCUGAAUGUGAGGAAAAAAACAACUCUGCAACGUUCUUGAUUGUACAUAACCAAUACAUGUAUCUGCAACUUUUCCUGUGAGGCUGAACUGUUCAUUCAGCAUUGUGCAAAUUAAAACAAAUGCCUUUCUACCGUCUUCCUAGCAUUUCGUGGCGAAUAUAGAUACAUGUUGCUUUUGCCAGUGUCAUUGAAAAAUGUAUAAUCCUGUGCCCAUGUACUGCAAUCGCACUUGCAUAAAGUAUGUACGGCUGUGUAAAAUUAUCAUUAAUCUCAAGAACUUGGUUCAUCAUAUUAGUCCUGUCUAGGCUCCUCCAUCACCAUUUGCUUGUCAUCAUUGUCAAUGUUGGUAGCUUGUCGAUCGUUGGAUGAACAAUGGUAUUACAUGUACUUUGUAAUACUUGUUAAAUAUUUGUAUAAUGAA